CACUCGGGGGUUUAUCGAUUUGGCAUGAGAAGGAAGAAGGUGCCACAACGGUCGGUCAUCGAUUUGACACUCUCCGCUAAAGGGAUUGUCAGAAACGACGAAAGGGAGCGAAGAGCGGUUGUUGGCGGGGAUUCCGUUCGAGCGAGAGUUUGAACAAUAAAGAGUGAAGAGACGCGUGAAAAUAGCGAUUAGACUGAGUGAAGUGACAAAGGUGUGCAGAGGCUGAGGAUUCCGACGAAGGAGCCUUUUUGGCUCGGAAUUCCAUUGAGAAACGAGAAGCAAAAAUCGAGCGAAGGACGUUGGAUUAUUUGAAAGAAGCGUUUCGAGAGACCGAAGUAUUGCGACGGUAUAAUGCAGAAUUAUGGCCACGAGGAGUACGAUUACGGUGGUAAUGAAACCGCCGGUGGUGAAGGUGGAGGACGAACCUUGCCUCAGCCACCGGGUGCGCGACCCAUGGUCGAUCCAUCGGCCGAGGGGGAAGUCGAUCCCACGAUCUAUGGUGCACCUAAAGAAGCGACUCACAAGAUACGUGGAAAAAGCGACUUUAUCGAGUAUCUGUUCGGCGCAGUGGAUCAAGAAUUACUCACUGUAAAAACCUUCUAUUUCUUCUUCUAUUCGGCUUUCGGAUCUCUCUUCCCGUUGAUGGGAGUUUAUUUCAAGCAAAUGGGCAUGAACGCUGGUCAAUGCGGCCUCCUCGUAGGGCUCAGACCUUUUAUUGAAUUCUUCAGUGCACCGUUUUGGGGCUCGCUCGCUGACAGAGAACAGAAAUCGCCUUGCAGAUGGCAGAAAGGGAAGCUGAUACUGCUGGCAUCCCUGGGCUGUUGGAUACUCUUCACACUGCCCUUGGGCUUCAUUCAACCGCCAGCGACGUCGUGCAUGGUCUUGAGGAACAAUAGUUAUUGGUUGGAGAUACCGGAAGCGAGUCAGAGGAUCAAGAGAUCGGUCGACCUCAGCGACUAUUACGAGCCGUCGAAAGCGCAGCAGGAUGACGAGUACCUCGAGGUCGCUGAAAACGUGGUUUUCGAACGGUUGAGACGCAGCACCGAGGACAACGAGGUCACUGCAAAAAGAAAGAGAAUCGUGAGUAACGAAGUUGAUCAAACGAAUAAGUAUGGCACGAGAUUCGAGAGCAAUAGAGUGCGGCGACAGUCGUCGAGCGAGGAAAAGGAUUCGUCGUCUUUGAUCUCAAAGGAUCUCAAGUACAAACAAUACAUUGUUGGAGACAGUCUCAACGACCCCACCGCACAAACUAUCGACUUCUCGAGCAUAGCCAAACAAAACCGACCGGCCGACGUUCUUGAAUACAAAAGAUUCCUUAAAAAUGAACCAUUGGAUGAGACGCGAGCACCAAAAAAAGCUCACAGCACUACGAAAAUCCGAUCGAAGCCUCCGAGGGAGAAAAUAAUGGUGAAGCGUGAAAUCUCCGAUUGGCAAAAUUCCGACGUCGAUACAGAAAAGACGAUUUAUCCGGACGGUGAAUUGCCGAAGAGCGAACGACUGACAGUGUUGAGCGACUUGGAAGUAGCGAAUGAUCUGAGGGACAAGAUCUUGGAGGAUGAGGAAGAGGACGAAGAAAUGCAGGAAGAGGGAAUGGGCGAGGAUGAGGUUGAACAAAGUGAGAAUCUAGAGGAUGCCGUCGCGAUGCCUCUCGUCAGGAAGCGGAGAAACGUCAAGCUCAAUCAUCCGUCACUCGGUCACAGUCCUUUGCCCGUUUCAUUCGCCCGGAAUUACGAUCCAAAGGAAAACGCUAAGUGGGUCAAACCGCAAUUCAGCUCAAUCGUGUAUAGAUUAGAGGACAUUCAAAAGACCUUUUUCCUGCUUUUGCUUCUUGUCAUCGUAGGUGAAUUUUUUUCCGCCCCUGCCAUAACACUCGCAGAUUCGGCGGUUAUCACUCUCCUCGGUGAAGAUGCUGACAGGUAUGGACAUCAGCGAAUGUUCGGCAGUCUCGGUUGGGGUCUGGCCAUGUUCUUCGUCGGUAUCGCUCUGGACCACAGUACAGCUUUCCCGGAUCAUCCGUGUGGCCCGGGUCCGAGAGAAAAGAAUUAUACGACGUGUUUUGCGAUAUUCAGCGUUCUCAUGUCUGCCGCGUCUCUCACUGCGACGCAAAUCAACUUUAAAUACGAAUUCGUCGCUGCCGAACCGGAAGUUGCCAAGCCACCGGCGGAGCCAACGAGAGAAGAACAAUUGCAGAGCCAAUUGUCCCAGCAGUUGAAUCUUCCGGAAGGUCUCUUGAAUGCACCGGGAAAUGUAGACGCGAAGCCCGUACCGCCGGAAGGAAAGACUAAAAUGUUUGCUCAAACGACGCGGGAGCUGCCGGAAUGGCUGACGGUUGUUCGUCAAUUCAAAGACCUGAAGUGCGCGUCGUUCCUCUUCGUCGCUUGGUUCAUGGGCUUCGGUAUUGGUCUCAUAUUCACAUUUCUCUUCUGGCAUCUUCAGGAUUACGGCGGUACACCAACACUCUUCGGUGUUGCGUCCGUGAUCAAUCAUAUCUCCGAAAUAUUCGCUUAUUUCUUCAGUUUCAAGCUCAUCCGUCAGAUCGGCCACGUGAAAGUUCUGUGUCUCGGUCUCUGCGGCAAUGUCUUACGCUUCCUCUACAUUUCCUGGCUGAAAAACCCCUGGUGGGUUCUGCCUUUCGAAUUUAUCCAGGGAAUCACCCACGCCUCUGUUUGGGCAGCUUGCUGCAGCUAUAUCGCCCAUAACACCCCGCCGCAGUUACGCUCGAGCGCUCAGGGCGUUCUUCAGGGCCUUCACCAUGGCCUUGGCCGAGGAUGCGGUGCCGUCAUUGGCGGAAUGUUCGUCGCUCGUUAUGGUACGACCGCGACCUUCCGAGGCUACGGUAUUAUUUGUGCCUUCGUUCUGGCGGCGUUUGUCUUCAUUAAUUUCUAUCGCCGAGACACCGGUUUCGUCUCGAAUAUUCCUCAAACUGAGGAUCCGCACCAAGUUGCAGAAGUUACGCAUUUAGCGCCUCACGGCGUCCCGAGCAACGCGAUGCCGCGUGCUCUCAGUUCAACGAGGCUCCACGAGCUCGCUCAGGAUCCGGGCUACGGAGCCACUUAUCAGACGAGCGGUGGUAAUUUAGGUGUUCCUGGUGCAAACGGAGGUGGUGCAAAUCCAACGAAUCCAUUCUUGAACGGAGGAGGAGGUGGUGGGGGCGGUGGCGGUGGCGGUUACAAUUAUGGUAUGACCGGUAAAGGAGAGGACGAGUUCAUUCGUAGGAGCUUCCAGAUUUACAGUGAAGUGGUUGGUAGAGAAUUCGACUUGGUGAAGCCUCCGCCUGUGGUGACUCAUUUACACGCUCAGCAACCGUGCACCAAUCCGUUUCAUCAGCACGACUACGACUGGUAACAAUAUUUUGCUGAGUUUCGUUGAGAAUCAUUAUUUCAAGAGAUAAGGUUAAUAAAACGUACGCGUUAUUUAUUAUUAUUAAAUUUAGACAGUUUAAUCGCAGGUAAGAAAUUCGAUCGUGACGAAAAAUGAUAAAAGAGGUUAGAAAUACGAAUGCGAGGGAGAAUAAAUUUAUACAUUUUUGUCUCUAUCCGAAUGCGAUCGUAAAAAUCCCUGUUGUUAUAUACAUAGAUCAGCUCUUGUAAUAGCUUAUCGAGGGAUAGAAAAAGAUAUAACAAGUUAAAGAGUCGAAAUCCUUAUUGAAAAAAACUAUUGACAACUCAUUAUCAGGUUAUACGUUUGAGGGUGUUUUGCAAGUGCAAUCGAAACAAACGUCUCAUUUUAUGAAUCAUUUGCGCCUCUUGAGUUCCUUGUUAUUACCUGUGGAACUGUCGAAACAUUAUUGCUCAUUUUAUCCUACUCCAACCGUUGUCACUUAUUUCUGUUGUCAAAACAUAUUCUCAAACUUCCGCAACGUGUUAUUGCGAGUGACGAAAUAAAACGUCGAGCCAUUCAAGUUUCUUAAAAUCUUGAAUGUUUUAUCCUCCAGAUAUUUCGAAAAUUAUUAAUCGAGGAUGAUAAUUGUGUACAUAAUUCUUGAACUCUCAAACUUUUUUUUUUAUCCGCAAUAUUAGCGAGUCGUUUCUAUAUAUUAUAAAAUUGUUAUACAUUUAUGAUUCCGCGUAGCAUCUACGUAAAUAUACCGUUUGACUCUGAUGGUAAUACACGAAAAGUUCACAGUGAAAACGAACCGUAAAAAAAUUACAACUAUUGACGUUCAAUUCUAAUUAUUCGCUAAUAAAAAAAAGUGAAAUUUAAGAGAAACCAAUUUUAGGAAUAAUAAAAUUUGCUUGGUACGUUGAUAUUAUUAACGUUGGAUAUAUAACUAUAUGAAAAAUAAAAGUUGUGCGAGGACAUUUCCAACUCAGAAAUCUCUUUGACAUUCUUUCUCUCGUGGUUAUAUCGAUUCGCCACAAGUUGGCGCUGUUCGCAAUUUUCCUCAAAAUAAAAUCUGCUAUGGUCUACGAUUUCAAUCAUCUCGAAUAAAUUCUCUUGGAAUCCUCGGUUCAUAAAUAAUAGUCGAGCAAUAGUUUUUUUCGUAAGGAGAAACGCUGGGAUGAAAUUGUAAUAUUUAUCACGAAGAUCACAAUCAUUCGAUUACCAUAUCACAUCUUAUAAAAAAAUAUGUGUUCAUGCGUUCAUCUCAUAUAUAUUUCAUAAUAAUGCAUAUCGAUCGUAUAAUACAAUUUAUUCCGACAGACAGAGCAUUGUAAAUGUGCCAUAGACAAUUGGCCACGAAAAAAUAACACGAAGCCAGAAAUCUGGUACUCUGCACUGGAAUCAUUACUGAAAAAACCGACGGAAGCCUAUGCGAGCGUACACACACGAAAAACAUUGAAAAGAGGAAUAAAAAGGGAAAAUAAAAUUGAAAAAUUCAUUGAUGGUUUGUCGAGAAUUGUUGAGCGCGAAAAAUCAGGCGGUUUUUUAGUUUCGUACGAGAUGAAUUCAUCUUUUUCAAUGAACUAGACUCUAUUGCCUUUUUGAAUAAUCCGAAAGGAAAUUCAUGAAUCCAGCAAAGAAAUGUCUCAACGGUUGAGACGAGCACUAAUUUCAAAUCCGAGUCCCUCGCAGAGUACUGGAGCUCCGUCAGAAUCGAUUUUCUUUGUUAUAAUUGUUUCGGCGGAGAGUUUUAGAUUGAGUGGCGUGCAAACAAAAAUUGUUUGAAAAAACGUUUGAAUAACAUAAUGAAAUGAAAAAAGACGCUCCGGCGUAAACAUUCACACAUAGUGCAAGUAGUAGUGCGUGUGUGUAUCGAGAGUGCGUAAGAAAAAAACAAGAGAAUUGAGAUUGUCGCGAGAAGCAAUGAAGACGAAAAAACAAUACGAGACGUUCUCGAGUCCAUAUACUAACGAAACUAACGAACUAAAGCCAUCCGCUAAAGAUACAUUACGAUAAAAAUACAUAGAAAAUUAAAGCUGCAUCGUACAGCAAGACUCGAAGUUGGUCUUGCAAAGGCAGAGAAAAAUAAUACGAAUGCAACAAAAAGGACUCCGAGAAAUAAAAAUUCCAAGAAUCGAUGUUCGUGUAUCAUAACCUAUACCUUCGUUUAUAAUUAUUCAAAAGCCUCAAGGCUGUAACAUCUGUCGCGUCAGCUUAUUUCGAAAACCGAAAUGAUAUGGAAAAAAAGUAUCUAACACGAAUCGAAGAGGUAAUAAACUCUCUGUUGUAUAAAACAAGCGAUAAUUACGAGUUUUUGGGUUUGACCGCGAUUCAAGGGCAAGAAUAAAUAUUGCCGAACGACCUAUUCCGUAUGUAAAUACUAAAAAGUUAAGGCCAGUCUCGUCCCUGGGGUAAGCAUAUUAAAUAUUAUUGUUUUUGCCCGUUAUUCUUCGUUCUUUAUUGUUCUUUUCGCUGGACGUUCGUUGUCGAUGAGUACAUGAAAAAAAAGGAAUAUAUAUAUAUAAGAUUAAUAACUAGCAAAUGUCGAGUAGCGAUAUCGUAUGGUUUUACUGUUGUAUAAAACAAAGAAAUUAAAACGUUGUCGUACUACGUUCAAUGCUCGCGAAAUUAUGUAAAGGGCAUUAUUAUUAUUAUAUAUUUACGAAACCGUACAUACGCGCUGGUGUGUCAUUAUAAUUUGCGCUUCGACGAGUAUCAUUUCCAACACAUAACCUUCAAUAUAUUAUUUGUGAUCGAAAAUGAUGAUUUAUCGAAAAUUUAAGGCACAAGAACAAUAAUGACAGUAUAACGAUGUACGAUUUAUAUAUGUUAUUUAGAAAAUUGUCGAGUUGAUAUUAUAGGAUCCAAUUAUGUUACUAUUAUCAUAUUAUUUUGUUUGAAAAUGAAUAUAUAUAUAAACAUAUAUCGAGUUGUAUCUCCGAGGCGAGAAACGUGAGAAAGAGCGUUGUGUAAUUUUUCGUGUGCGACUUUGACCAUUUGUGAUUUAUUAAUAAUUAUUAUUAUCGCCAAAGUUACGCAAUCUUUGAUUUAUCAACUCCAAGAAUCUUAUUUCCAACAUUUCCCAGAAAAUCGUAUCUCAAUUGAAAAUAAUUUCGUUUGAGGGUGUGUGAAACAAAAUUGAAUCUCGAUAGUGGGUCUUUUAGUUUUUUUUAGAAGCUCUUUUAGUUUUAUCACAAAUAUGGAUGGCUGAAUAACGCUUUUUGAAAAACUUUUAGCGCACUGGCUUUGAUUUCGUGGAUAAUUUAUUUUCGAAUUAUUUGAAUCGUUCGUUGCAUCAAUUCUCAGUCGUAAUUUGCUCUUUUUUUGUCUAGAAUCAUUAUUACUGAAAAAUCUACGUUGAUGCGUUGAAUAAUCAUUGGUCAGCGAUGCUCAUUCGGGAGAACAAAAUUAAUGCAUUCGUCGUUUAUUGACCGUUUUUUCACGAGUAUUUUCUCUCCUGGAAAUCGACUUUAAUAGCGCACACUCUUGAUUAUCCACGAGAUAUUCCAAGUUAGUACAAAUGCAAAAAUGAUAGAACGAGAGCUGCUUAAAAAAGGCCAUCAGCAGCACCUUUGCCUUAUUGGAUGCUUGAUAGUUUGGGAAAAGAUUUGACAAUUUUGGCUGACGAAAGCUUGUCCCACCGCAUUCCUGCAUCGACUCCACGACGUCGCCAGAUUGCAUUUAUUUUCCACCCGCGUUCUUGCCGAUCAGUAUUUCACCCGAAUCAUUAAAUAUCGCAUAGAAAAUAAAAUAAGAAAAUCAAUUUAACAGAAUAACGAACGUAGAAAAAAGUUGCACGUUUAUUGGCGUACGAAAUUCAUGCUCAUGUAUUACGUGUUCAAAUAUGAAAAAAAAAAAAAAAAAAUAGCGAAAUAGGAGCUUCGAAUGUGCGAAUGGAACGUUCGGUUUAACAAAACAAACGAAUAUAAAGAGAAAAGAACAAAGAAAAAACAAUCGAUACAUAUCACAGAUAGAAUUAAGCUAAGUAUUACAUAUGAAAGAAAAAAGGCAACCUUAUCGCACUUUGCUCACAUGAAACGUACAGUAGGAAAAGAAAAAUACAAAAAAGAAAUGGAAAACGGUUCGAAAUGAGAGCGGAAAUAAUUAGUAUGAAAGGUGAGCGAGGUGCGAUUCGAGGCGAAAUAAGAAGAGGAAAGAAAUACAGAUUGUUAUAGAAGCUGAUUUAUGUACACCGAACUGAAGUAUAAUGUAUUAUUCGACGAAGAGCGAAAAACAUGAAUGAGAAGAAAAAAAAUGGCAUAAAACUUCA